GCUAGAAUGUGUAUGACUGGCAUUCUGUGAGGAGAAUGAGGACUGGAACUCUGAACAUCUCACCGACUACCUUUUUAUUAUGACCAUAUUUUAACAAUUUUGUUGCUAUUGGAAAAAUGCUUAUAAAUUUGUUUUAUUUAUAAUGCAACUAUCCGCUGGUCCAUUCCAGGCAUCUAGCAAAAUAAAAAUGGCAUAAGGCAGUUAUCACAGGCCAAUAGAAAUCAUAGUCACCCAACAGGAAGAAGAAGAAAAACAUUACCUGGUUUGUGGAUCCCAUUGGGCUGCUGGCAACCAGAAAUGCCCUUUGACCUGGAAGCGCUUCUCCCUAACACUCAGUGCCUGCACUGAAGGAGCAGGCAGUGCGAUUUAGUCUGGAUCUAGCACUCUUCAUAUUCUCAGAGCUCGAAUUUUGAGGCCUUCUCAGUACAUUCCUGGUUGCAUUUGUUUCCCCCUUCUCCUUUGCACCUCACCCGCCUUGCUGCCGAAGGUGAGGGAAAGCCAUGGGGAGCCUUGAAGAACCAUCUUGUCCAAUGAUGCGCAACAUUUCAAAACUCUUUCUUGAAAUGAGUGGGAUUUUUUAAAAUUGGGGUUUCCCCCUCACAAUUUGUUAUACAAAGUUCAGGUAUUUUUUUUAUUCUGUCUCUUUGCUGUAGCAAGAAACCUUCCCCCUCCCCUUUCUGUUCUGCUAAUCAGGAAUACUCCUGGGCAAAAAAACCCACACAAAACCCCCACAACUUUCUUGAGGGAAAAUUUAUGAAGGAUUCGAGAGGAUUAGCCCAACUGGUCUCAAGGUUGCCACAGACUGAGGCCCAGACAGUCUUCAGGCUACCAGAAGUAGAAUUGCCAGAUCUCCUCUUCUAAGGUCAGGGAGAAAGGCAGGAAAGUAAAAAUGGAUGUAGGGUUCCAAAGUGCAUAUAAAGCUCCGUUCAUCACCCAAGUUAAGUGUUUUGAAGAGUUUCCAAAACAGGAAGUUCCCCAGAAAACAGGGGCUCAGUUGACUCAGCAGUGCAUAACCCAAAGGCAGGAGUUCCUGAGGGGACAGAAUUCCCCUCAGAUGGGGUGGGGGAAGAAGCCGGGCCCCUGGGAGGACACCAAGGCCUUCCUGGCCUCCUUCGAGCAAGUGGCCCAAGCCUGCCAGUGGCCCCGGGAAGAGUGGGUGGCCUGGCUUCUCCCAGCGCUCAGUGGAGAUGCCCAGAAAGCCUUUAACAGCCUGGAGGCCAGAGACAGGGAGGAUUAUGGGAAAGUGAAGGCAGCCAUCUUGCGUGGAGAAGCCAACAACAUGGAAACCCUGCGCCAGCACUUCCGGCAGUUCCGCUCCCGGGAGAUGGAAGACCCGCGGCAGAUUUACAGCCAGCUGCAGGAGCUUUGCCACCAGUGGCUGAAGCCGGAGAGGCACUCGAAGGAGCAGAUCCUGGAGUUGCUGAUCCUGGAGCAAUUCCUGGCCAUCCUGCCGCCAGAGUUGCAGAGCUGGAUCAAGGCUGGCGGCCCCGAGAACUGCACUCAAGCUGCGGCCCUGGUGGAGGAUUUCCUCUUGAGCCAUCAAGAAACUGAGACAUGCCAGGCUCCCCCAGAUUUGAAAGAGGAGACCGUGUCUUUGGGUGAGGCCGAAGGGACUGCACUAGAAACCAACCCAAGAACGAUAUUCUGGGAAGUGAUGGAAGAAAGCUGUGGGAAUGCAGACCUUUUUGGAGGCUUCCUUGUUCCCAAGCCUGAGCCAGAACAAGAGGAAACACAGUACCUCUGGGCCUGCGAGGAUGGAGUGACUUUCCCAGGUAGCAUCUCAGGAGACAGGAUUCUGAGCGAGAAUGGAAAUGAGAAUCCUCUGCAAGGAAGCCCCGAGCAAAGAGAACUGCCUGAGGCCCUCCUGGGAUAUAGCCAAAGCGAUGGUUUGUUGAGGCCUGAGGCCUAUGAAGCGGGGCCCAGCUUCACACCACCCCAGAGAAAUCCUCAAGGCAAGGCGCACGAGGAGCUUAGAGGGACAAAUGAGGGGAUUACAAAUGGCAUCAUAGCAUCCCUGAAAGAGAAGAGGCAUAGGUGUCCUGAAUGCGGACAUAAAACCUCUUUCUCUUCAGACCUUAUCAGACACAUGAGAAUCCACACGGGAGACAGCUCCUACCCCUGCAUCAAAUGUGGGAAAACCUUCAAGCACAUAUCAGGACUUAAUGGUCACCAGAGGACUCACGCAUCCAAACCAAACCCCUCUGGAUCUUCACAGAGAAUGCUUCAAGAAAAGAAGGGAAAUAAGCAGGGAAAGAAGAAUCUUCAGAAGGAAAGUAGUGAACCGGAGGAGGUGAACAGUAUGCUGGCAGAAGUAUCCCAAAAUAUGAUACCUGAGACAGCAGUGAUUCCCGAAGAAGAAAACGAGCUAAAAGGACAUCCGGAGGAGGAGUCGACAAGGAAUCAAAAUGACUCCAUUAAGCUUGUGGAACAUAAUUCAUCCACAGACGAGGACACAAGGACCGUGUGGGUCAAAAGGUUAUCAUAUCUCCAGGGUGGCAAAAUACGUCCCCACCGAUCAGGUGUCCACGAAUCCCCCCACAUUGUGGAGAAAUCCUGUGGCCCUCCCGUGAAUGGCCAGCCCAUUCGGAGAAGACGGUGCCUCAUAGGCAGCCAGCAGAUCCAUACGGGAGAGAAGUUUUGUAAAUGCCCCGAAUGUUGGGAAAAACUUCAGAGCGGGUGGGCGAAGGAAGAUCAGAAGACCCAUCCAGGGGAGAAACCCCUCAUCUGCUCCAAAUGUGGGAAACGCUUUCGUUGGAGAAGCUGGUUGAGAAAACACCAGGAAGCUCACACGUGACAGGAAAAGGCAUCAGUUGGCAGGAGACGGAGAACGGAAGAUCCACACUGCAUUGAGAUUGUGGGACUUUAACUAGAUGCCGCUACUGUAAGUCUAAAAGUUUUCCAGGCAGUCUGCAGCCUGUUAAAACCACAGUUGCAUAAAACAAUAAACUCACAAACAACGUGUCAGAAA